GUAAAUUACGUUACCUGCUAUACAAUAUGACAAUAAAACGCGACGUUAGUACGGAAAUUUUGACGUUAUUCUACCGCCAGUGGUUCUUUGUUUUCAUAUUUCGUCUGACGUCAUAUAAGGAAAGCGUCAUUUGACCUUCAAGGUUUUUCAAAAUAUAUGAAUGUGGAAUACUCAGCUUAAAUUCAGAAAUGGGAAAAUCAAAGGCUGAAAUUCAGAAAGCCUAUAGAGAGCGAAAAAAACAGAAAGAAGGAGAAGCUUAUCUUAAAAAAGAAAGAGAAAGAGUCAAAGGAUACUAUGUGCCAAUAGAAGAAAAGCCACAAAGAAAGGCAAAUGAAAGGCGUAAAAAGGUUCGUGAAUGGGUUCGACAACAUAGGCUAAAGAAAAAGAAUCUUACCAAAACAGUAGCUAAUAAUUUGGAGCAAACCAAAACAGUAGCUAAUAACUUGGAGCAAUGUUCAGAAAUAUCAUCAUCAUCAGAUGUCACAUCUACAGUUAACAUUGUGACUGAACAAUUGAUAGUUAAGUUACCGUCACUGGCUACAAAGAAAAGAACCAGAACUAGAGUAAAUCGUGCCAACGCCAAACAUAGAAGAACAAUAGCAGACCUGACAGACAAAAAUGAACUACUCAAUAGAAAAAUUAGGACCGUAUCAAAGCGAUAUCAGAGAUUAAUAAACAGGGAAAAGAAAACACAAACUAUCAUAAGAAAUCCUACUACAUCAUCCUCCUCCAGAAAUAGCCCUUCUACAUCAACAUCAAUUGCUCUGACACCUAGAAAAAGAACUAUACAAGAAAUCAGAGAAGAGGGUCUGACACCACAUAAGGUUCCAAAAAAGAUCCAGGAAAAACUACUCUUUGCAAAUGUUAUAACAGAAGAGAUAGGGGCUGCUUGGAAAUCAAAUGGGUUGAAGGGAAAACACGUUUUGAAGAAAAUUGUUAACGGAGAAAUAAUCAAGAAGUACAAGAUGAAGAAAAUGUUAGGCAUCAAAUCCGGAAUAAGACGUCAUCACUUCAAGGCCACAGUGUGUUCCAACAAAUUGCUCUCUUUUCCUUUAUUGAGGAAGCGUGUAGAAUCAAGAGAAAUACUUCGUGGAGACGUCGUCACAUUCUUAGAAAGAGACGAUAAUAGCAGAAUGAUGCCUGGCAAAAACGAUAAAAAGAAAACUGAAACCGGUCAUAUACAAAAAAGAGUUCUUAACGACAGCAUGUUAUUUUUGCAUCUCAAAUUCAAAACUGAGUCACCGAAGAAAAUUUCACUUGCUACCUUCUGUCGUUUGAGACCAAAGCAUAUAUGCCUGACCAAACAUUUAAGUAGAAAUAAAUGCCUCUGCCAAAAGCACCAAAACAUGGCGUUAGCCCUUAAGAACAUGAAAACGUCAGGUGCCAACGUAACCAUCAAUCCCGAUGAAUUUGUAAGGCAGCUAAAAGACAAGCCACUCCCAGAGAUACUCUCAGAAAUUCGAAAUGAAAAUGUCAGGUAUGAACAGUGGAAAAAGGUUGAGAUGGCAGAUGGCAAAAAAAGAACAAAAAUUGUUGAGAGAGAGGAAACAAGGGACAGCUUCAUUUCAAUUGUACAUACUCAAGUUCGUGAUUUUCAAGAACAUGUGUCAAGAGUUCGACUUCAAUACCAAGCCUUAAACAAUCUGAAAGAAAAUUUACCGUGUGAAAAUGUAAUCGUGCAGAUGGACUUUGCCGAAAACUUUUCAUGUACUUCAGCCGAUGAAGUUCAGAGUGCAUAUUGGAAUUCGAGUGCUGUUACCCUACAUCCAGUUGUUGCUUAUUUCAAGAACGAACAGAAGGAACUUGAACAUAAAAACUAUGUCUUCGUUUCCAACGAUCUUGGGCACAACAUAGGAUCUGUUUAUACCAUCAUUCAAAAGCUUUUGUCUGAAAUAAAGAAUCAUGUCAAUAAUCUGAAGGUUGUUCACUACUGGACAGAUAGUCCAAGUUCACAAUAUCGUAACAAGACGGCCUUCUACAUUGUGUCUGAUCAUAAAAAUAUAUUUGGUGUCAAUGCCAUUUGGAACUAUUUUGAAACCGGGCACGGAAAAGGGCCAUGCGAUGGCAUGGGGGGAACAUCAAAACGUACCGCAGACCUCGCCGUCAGACAAGGAAAAAUAACAGUACAGGAUGCACCUGAGUACUUUGAAAGAGUGCAAAAGCACCACACGAGUGCUAAAUACAUUUAUUACAAUUCAACAGAAUGCACAGAUAGCAGGUUAGAGAUUUCAGAGUUCAACAAACACAUAAUUCCAUUGAAGGGAACAAUGCAGGUCCACUGUGUGGUUGGUGUAUCUAAAGGUAUAGUCAAGACGACCGUGACUUCCUGUUACUGUGAGGAAUGUUUGAUAGGUAAUUUCCAUGAUUACUCAGAGUCAAACAUAUUGAAAGGAGAGAAUGCUGGUCGUGUUGUAGUACCAGAAAAAGAGGCCAAUAUAAAUCAAAAUGAGCAUGUUGAAACAGCUGAAGUCGAAGCUGACAGGAUUGAGAUAACCAUCGCCGUCGACCAAUUUGUUGUGGCAAUAUAUGAUAAUGCAUGGCACGUUGGAAAAAUAACAGACAUCGAUGAAACUGAUAAAGAAUGUCAAGUUAAUUUUUUGCGGCCAAGUCAAGGAAGGAAUACUGGAAAUCCUUUGUAUAAAUGGCCAAAUCCAGAAGACAAAAUAUGGUUACAGGUCACAGACAUAUUGUGUAACAUUACAGAGCCCAAUAAAGUUGGACGGAGUGGUCGAAGCUUUGAAAUUGAUCCUCAGGACUAUAGAAAUGCCUGUAGUUUGUUACAGUUAAGAUCUAAUACUUAA